AUGGAGCGCGGCAUCUGCCAUGCUUUUCAGCGAGGCAACUGUCGCUUCGGCUCGAAUUGCAAGUACAGCCACGACAUGUCUGCUGCGCCUGAAGGACGUACCGUAUUCACCCAGCCGUGUCGCUUCCUCAACACUCCCCAAGGCUGCAGAUUUGGCACCACCUGCAACUUCUCACACGACAACACAGUCGCAAACACUUCACAGCCCCGCAGACAUAUAAACAACACUUCCUGGAACGAGCUUGACAAAUGGAAGAAGGAUGCCGCCAGCUAUCAGCCUCUUGGCUUUGGACUGAAGAAGUUCUUCGACCAAGCAUUGCAUCUCGUCAACAUCGAUGAUGCAUCCCGCCAAGACGUCAUCAGAACUCUCGCCUCGGCCAGUGGCUUGAACAAAGUGCUCGAAGUCGCAAACCAGGAUUUUGGAAACAUGUCUGAGAAGGUUAUGAGGCAUGUCUUCGUCACUCAAAUCGUUCCCAUGUUCCAAAGUCUUUCGGAGCAGCAUGUUUUGUCUUCACCUCUCCUCGAACGUCAUCUGGGCAGUAUCUGCAAUGUCCUCUACGGUGUUACAGGUACCAGAGGCGAGCAUCUGUUCGCCGCAGUCGUUCGAGUGUUGACCACCUUGAUGCCAACCCCGGACAUCAAUUUCUACACUUCUCUUGAGGCAUCGCUUGCAGUCCUAUCAAAGGUCAUCGAGUACAACGGUACAGCCAAGGUGACUCCCUGCUACGAGGCAUUUGCAAUCACUCUGGCAACCAUGACCGCUCCACAACUCGAUCCAGCCAAGGACAUGUUAUGUUACCAGGCAAAAAAGCACUUGUACUGUAUCAACAAACGCCUGGGAAUUGGCAAGAGUAUCAAGAGCAUGGCAUCUACAAUGACUCUGGGAACUGGCGCAAAGCCACAGUUCGUUUUGCAGCGGAGCAAGCCAGGACAGCUCUCCAAUGGUCGUCCCAGGCACGAUAACGACUUUACUUCCAUUGAGAACAUCCGUAUCAUGCCGACCUCUGAAGAGAUUCAGAGCACUCAUGCUGAGUAUCUUCCCUUGCAAGACCCUUCGACCUGGCACAAGCAGGGCAUUGAUGGUCUACUUGAUCGUCACUUCAGGUUGCUACGUGAGGACACGAUUGGUCAGCUACGCGACAGCGCCAGGAUCGAGUUUGAUGCUUUGCAAGGUGUGUAUCAAUCGAAAGGCAAGCUUCGAAGAUACACAUACCAGAACGUGCAAGUAGAGUGGACCAGAUUCGACAGUUUCAAAGGGCCGGAGUUUGGUAUCAGCUUCGAUCAGCCACAAGAGCUACACCUCAAUUCAAACAAGCAACGCACAGAGUGGUGGAGUCAAUCCAAGAGAUUGGAAGGUGAUGCACUUAUUUGUCUCAUCAGUUCCACACAAGCCGUUGUCUUCUGCAGCGUCUGUUACCAGGAUCAACCUACCAAAGACCGUGGCGCGACAAAGGACGUCAUAACAUACAUCGAUGAGCGUGUAUGUAUCAUUGCUCGACCAAUCGAGAUGAGCCCAGGGGCUAUUGCCCACAUUCUAGGUACGUUUNNGUCCAUAGCCAAGUUUGAGAACCAACGUUCUCCAAUCAUACAUAUCCCGCUGAGAAUUCAAUCGUGA